AUGAGACGAUCACAUGUAAAGAAAAAGGCAGAUGGCUAUAAUAAAAUAGAAAAUAUCAACGAAAGAAAUUUUAAUGGAUUGGGAAAUUUGGAACUUUUGGAGUUAGGUCACAACCAGCUACAAAUAUUAAAUAAUGAUACAUUUAGACAAUUGUCUUCUUUAUAUCAUCUACGUUUAAGUAAAUAUGAAAAUGAACAAAUCAUGAGAACAACUUUGCAUUUGGACCACAACCAAUUGGAUAAAUUAGAUUUUGACAUAUUUGCGCCUUUGUCAUCAUUGCAGUAUCUUAAUUUAGUACAAAAUAAUAUCAAACGUAUUGAUGGAAAUGUUUCUCAAAAAUUGGAAAAGUUAAAGGAAUUAAACUUAAAUUACAACCAAUUGGAUAAGUUGGACAAUGAAGUAUUUGCGCCACUUUCGUCAUUAACUCGGAUUGAUUUAAUGCAUAAUAAUAUCAAACAAAUCGACAAAAGUGCCUUCAAUGGAUUGAGAAAGUUAGAAAUCUUGAUUUUAGAUCACAAUCAGUUACAAAAAUUAGACAAUGAGCUGUUUGCCACUCUUCCAUCAUUGCAAAAUCUGAUGAUAGCAAACAACACAAUCAAAGAAAUUGAUGCAAACGUUUUCAAAGGAUUAUCAAGUUUAAGUAAAUUGUAUUUGAAUUCCAACCAAAUUGAGAAGUUGGAAAACGAUUUGUUUGCACCAUUGUCUUCCUUAAGCCAUCUACGUUUAACAAAAAAUUCAAUAAAACAGAUCGAGGAAAACACUUUCAAUGGAUUAGGAAAGUUGACAACUUUGGAUUUGGACCACAACCAAUUGGAUAAAAUAGAACGUCACGUGUUUUCGCCACUGUCAUCGUUGUCCAGUCUUAGUUUGGCCAACAACAAAAUCAACCAAUUUGAUGAAAAUGCUUUCAAUGGAUUGAAUGAAUUGGAAGUCUUGGAUUUAAAUCACAACAAAUUGGAAAGAUUAGAUUACACUUUACUCGAGCCUUUGUCAUCGUUGCGUGAGCUGACAUUACGUAAGAUCAACAAGAAAAAAAAAAAUAAUUCGAUUAAAUUUAUUGAUGAAUUAAUUUUCACCGAAGCUGAAUUAUUUAUCCCCGACCUUAGAAUGGUUGAUUUAUCUUCCAAUUCCUGCAUCAACAAAAAUAUUCCAAUGAACAACAUCGAAAUAAAGAAAGCAUUGUCAAUCGUAAGGAGAAAAUGCCAACAUAAGGAAGAUCUGAAGAAAGAUCAAGUGAAGGAAUGUCAAUGUAACAGAGAUGAGUUUAAGGAAGAAAUGAGGCAACAAUUUACAGAAAUCAAAGACAUCAAGCAGCAGCUUCUGAAGUUUGAAAAUGAAAUCAAAUCACAAUAUUCCGACAUUAAAACAAAACUGAAUGAAUUAACUGGUACGCAUUAG